AAUAAUUGUGGCCAGGUGAUGACCACGGUUUUCUAACCAUGGAAACCUUUCCCCACUAACAACCGUGGCAUAAAAUUAACAUCUUAAAGCCCGCCCAAACUAAAAAUCAUUCCGCCAAAACUUUUGUAUACCCCCUCCUCCCGUGUUUUGAAUUUUGUCACUCAAAGAUUAAUUUUUCAUUAAAAAAACUGAAAAGUAAUAAGGAAAGAAAAAACCCCUAAAUCACAUCAAAUCCCUACCACCCUGUUCUGCCGCGCCGACCCGGCGUUCCUCUGCUUUCCCUGCGACUCCACCAUCCACGCCGCCAACAACCUUGCCUCCUGCCACCCGUGCGUCCCCCUCUGCUAGGUCUGCGGGCAAGCUCCGACCUCCGUCACCUGCAAGGCAGGCGCUUCUUCCCUCUGCAUCUCCUACGACCACGACAUCCACUCCGCCAACCCCCUCGCCCGCCUCCACGAACGCGUUCCCAUCGCCCCCUUGCUCUUUGGAUGCAGUCACAAACACAAGGGUCAUGGUGUACCUUUGCUUGGUGAUUUGGUUUUUAUGACUGAGUUGCUGAUUCUGGUUCAUGAUCCUUAUGCUGGGUGUUAAUUGAAUGAUAUCACCAUAGAUCAGAAGUAUAGACAUGAUAUUCCCCACCAUCAGGUCAAAUAGGUGAUAUAUUAACUUUGUGGGGCCAAAACUUGAGGUGCAAAAGGUUGCUGGUUAUGUUGCAUUCAUUCAAAGAUAUUGACUGGGCAAUAUAUAUGGACUGUAUCAAUUGUGGUGUGUUUACAUGGGCAACUACUUCUGUGGGACAUGUAAACUCCUUGAACAUCAUACUGAUUGGUUCUUAAGAAUUUAAUACAGAACUGGAGGCAGUGAAAAUUUCUUCCACUGCUACAAAUGUGGCUGUUGUCACUCAACUUUGCUGAAAGUCAGACACCUUUGUGUGGAAGGGGGCAAUGCAUCACAACUGUCCUAUUUGUUUUGAGGUCAAAUUUUACAAUGUUAUUUGUUUUGAGAUAACAUUGUACAUUGUUAAAUUAGUGCUAUUUCCCUUUCCACCAGUUUGAUAAUUGAUAGAGCUUUACACAAGGGCGUCCAAAUUGAUGCUUACAGUAUUUUUAGGCUGCUAGAGAUGGUGGCUAAAAUCAACAUGACAACAGUUUCUAAACCGUGGCUCAAUGAUAUAGGCCACGGUUACGAACGUGCGGUGUAAAUUUAACCGUGGCUUUAGAGUUUUGUGUAAACCGUGGCUAAAAUACCGAAAGCCACGGUUUACGAAGCGCGGUAUAAAAAAAACCGUGGUCUUACGUUUUUGAGUAAACUGUGGCUUGAAACUGACAAAACCGUGGCACUUGAGCUUGGCCACGGCCGCAUACACUACGACAGGAAAACCGCAGCUAAACCGUGGGGUAAGCUUUUAACCACGGUUUUUUCACAUGAGCCCACAGUUUUCUGUGCGCGGCAGAAGGCCGAAAAUGCUGUAGUGAAUUCUGGAAGCAUGCCGACUGCGACGACACUCAAGUGGUUUCUUACAUUGCUGGCAGAAGGAUCAUCAUCACAGAGAAGUCAAUUGUUGAUCUUCUGGGUGCACACACUGGCACAGGGUAUAGAUUCCAACUGACGGAAUCAAAGGUGAAACCCAGGACAAAGGACCAAACCAACCAAGCUCUCUACACAAACUAUAAGCCUGGAAAGAGUGACUACAAGGUAGUGGAUCUUCAUCCAAAGCUGAGGAUCUGGCACAAGAUUCUGCUUCACUGCAUCAAUCAAAGACCUAAGGGAAGCUCUUCGGACUACAUCAACUUUUGUCAAAAAGUGAUGCUGUUCUUCAUCCAGGAUCAUUAGAAGAUCUGCCUUCCCUUCUUCCUGUUCUCUUACCUCAAAGAAUGCAUCAAGAAGUCGAGAACAACUGCCUCUCUCAAGUCUGCCAUCAAGUACAUUCCAUUUGGAAGACUGCUAUCAGACCUCUUCAUUGAGAGCAAGUUGAUAGAAGAUAUGAUCACAGUAGGAUGCACAGAGGAUCUGUCAACCAUUGCUAGUGAUGUCUUCACAUCCACAUCCUUGAAGAAGAUGGGAUUGGUCAAGACCAAGGUUGCUCCUGUUCAUGAAGAUACUUCUGAUGAAGUCAGACAAAGAAGGGUGCCUCUGACUGAUUACCCUCUGUGGUCCCAAGCAGAUGAUCCGAUUGCAAUCUUGUGUUACAUUGAUGAUUUGAGGAAACAAGGGUAUGAGAUAGAUGUGGACGAGUUCUUCAGAACCCUGCCACCAGCUCCAGAGUUUGACUCUCCUCCCAAGAAGAAGACUCAGAGAAAAAUCGUCUUGGAGGAAUCCUUUGAAGAGUCUGAUGGUCAGCAGAAGAAGAAGAAGGCUGACAAGUCUAAGAGGAAGCACGAGGAACCUACCAAGCCAGAUGUUCCAUCUGAUGGUGAUGAUGAUGAUGCUCCUCCACCUAAGAAGAAAAAGAAGCAAGUCAGGAUUGUGGAGAAGCCAACCCGUGUGGAACCAGCUGCUGUAGUAAUCAGAAUGGAGACUUCUGCCAGAGUUACUCGGUCUGCAGUGCGAUCAUCAAGUAAGUAUGCUGUUAUUGAUUCUGAUGAUUAUUUAAAUUCACUUGAUGCACUCCCCAUCUCUGCACUCCUUAACCGCACUGCCACCCAACUCACUCAUAUUCCAGAGUCCCAACCAGCUGACCAAACCACUUCUCCACCCACUUCACCUAGGUCUUCAUUUUUCCAACCUUCUCAACAAGAAGCACCUCUAUGGAAUAUGCUUCAGACUCCAAGACCCUCUGAACCUACCUCACCAAUAACCAUUCAAUAUAACCCACAAACCUCUGAACCCAUUAUUCUUGAACAAUCUGAACCUGAACCCAGACCUUCUGAUCACUCUGUCCCCAGAGCAUCAGAACGUCCUGUUUGCAGAACAACUGAUACAGAUUCCACAACUCUCUGUCCCUCUGUAUCUUUUCCCAUAAAUGUUGCUGACUCCUCAUCCUCAAACAACUCUGAAUUUGUUCGCAAAUUUGUUGAAAUUGCGAAGGAAAAAGAGUCUGCCAUUCCUGAGUACUAUCAGACUGUACCUAGCCCUAGGAGAUACCCUGUACCUAGACCAGAUCGUCUAGUUGACCCAGAUCAUCCUAUACCUGUUGUCCCUCUGAAUGAAGCAGACCCUUUAGCUCAAUCUGAUCAACCAGAACCAGAGAACUCAGUAUCUAACCACUCUUCGGUUAGAUCACCACACCCUCAGGUUGAAACCUCUGAGCCAAACCUUGAGACCCACACUUCAAAUUUCCAAACCUUAGAUGUUGGUUCUCCUCAAGGUGCUUCUGAGGCCAAUAGCAGCAACCACCCCACUUCUCCUGAAACCAAUCUUUCCAUUGUUCCCUAUACCUACCUCAAGCCAAACUCCGUACUUGAGUGCAUCAGUGUGUUUAAUCAUGAAGCAUCACUUAUGAUUCGCAAUGUCCAAGGUCACACUGACCUAAGUGAGGAUCCUGACUCUGUUGCUGAGGAAUGGAAUCGUCUGAGUGAUUGGAUAGUUGCUCAAGUUCCUGUUAUGAUGAGUCAUCUCACCGCGGAAAAGGAUCAGAGGAUUGAGGCUACUAGGCAGCGUUUCAACAUAAGAGUGGUUCUGCAUGAACAACAGCUGAGAGGUAAGUUACUGGAAGCUGUUGAGGAAGCAAGAAGAAAGAAAGAACAAGCAGAAGAAGCUGCUCGUCAAGAGGCUGAAAGAAUUGCAAAUGCAAAGUUAGAAGCUGAAAGGAUAGAAGCUGAAGCUGAAGCUCUCAGAUGUCAAGCUCUUGCACCAGUGCCUUUCGCACAUGGUGAUUCUCAAUCCACUCAAGCUUCUCACCCUCCUCAGGAUGUUCCCUCUACUUCUACACAGCCAAGUCCUUCCAGACUUGACAUUUUGGAACAACGUCUCAACUCUCAUGAGACUCUCCUGAUCGAUAUGAAUCGAGCUCUUCAAGAACUUCUGCGUCGCACUACCAAGCCUUAGUGUUUAGGAUUUCUUUCGGUUUUCUUUCUUAAAUAUUUAACCUUUAGUUUAUUGUUUUUCUAAUUUUAAGAUAUUUGCUUUAUGUGUUAUACUUGUUUAAUUUCUUCAGUAUUUGUUCAUUUUGUGUUUCUUAUUGCAUCAUUUAUAACAUAUGUUUAUCAAACACCUCUUUAUUCAUAUGUCAAACAUUAAAAUACAUCAUACAUUUUCCCUAUAUCUAGAAUGGAGGAUACUUCCUCAUUCUUCUGCAUUCUUGGCGCUGCUCCACUCUUUCCUUCUCCAGACGCUCCAGUGUAUAUUCUAUGUUGCCGAGCUUGAUGCUCAGCUCAUCCUUCUCCAGACUAUCCUCUAUCGUCUUGAGUCUCCUUUCCACUGUUUCUUUCUCUUCCAACAGAUUCAGCUCCAGCUGGCACAGCUCCUGAAUCUCCUCCACGAAGCAGAGGAAUUCUUUCAGAUCUUUCUCCAACUCUUGACCAAGAUCCUCUUCUAGCAGUGUCUUCGUCAGCUCUUGCAUGGUUCUUAAACCAUCCGGGUGCCUAAUGUUGAGGAACAUAUCUUCCUCGAAAGUUUUCCUUCUGAGCUCUUCUAAUGCAAUCAUGUAUGAAGCCAUAUCUUUUUAUGGAAUUAAUCUUGUUGUGUAGUUUACUACGUUUCUACCCGCUUUAUAUAAGCAUUCCCCUCUCUCCGGAAGUUAUUGCUACUACAGUUUCUCAAGGAUAAAUCCUUGGUAACUGAAGCUUCUUUUUACUCCCGUGCCCGGUGGUAAACGUUCUACACAUGCAUUAAUUAUUUCUUUAAUUCGCUAAUCUCAGUAAUUAAUUCUCCAUCUUUUCGAACUUAGUUCUUCCUUCAGGGGGAGUACCUUGUACCUCAAGCUAAAUUUUUCACACCCCAAGCUUUUUGCUUAUGACAAAAAGGGGGAGUAUAACUCAAAGUUUUUGAUGUAUAUGCCGAUUAGUGUGAUUUAAUUAUUUGGAGAAUUUAAGAGUUCCACUGCUAUGACCAUAGAUAUGUCACUGGGCAAAUACAAGGAAUACACUUCAUUUCUUCUGAAGUGAUUUUAUUUGACUCUGAUACCCUGCUCGUGACUCUGAAUACUUAUGCGCUCUGAUUAUUUCAUCUCAUCUAUGUCAUGCGCUUUCACUCUGAACUCUUAUAUUUUUUAGCUCAGAAUCUAGACAUUACUAACGUUUUCAUUAAGUCUUAGAUUCAGAGGGAGCUAAGCUCAUAAUCAAGUUGUAACUUGGAUUCAGAAUGAGCAAAAUAAACCAUUCACAUCAGGAUAAGUCUAAUUCUCUUCUCUAUACUCUGAGUGAAUUCAGUUUAUUGUUUAAGAAUUGUUCAUCAAAAUACUUGGUUUUGUCAUCAUCAAAAAGGGGGAGAUUGUAAGAUCAAGUUUUGAUCGAGUAGUACAACUCUAUGUUUUGAUGAUUACAAGUUAACAUUUUAGUAUGAACAAUUUUGAUACUCUAACGUGUUUUUCUGAGUGUGUUCUUACAGGCUCUGACCUAUAUCCAAUCUCACACAAAUCAGAAGCAUUGUGUUUAAAGAGUGUCCAAAGAAACGCUUUCGCAAUCUCUAUGUUCAGUCUGAACAGUAGAAAAGCUUCAGAAGAUCUGAAGUCAAUCAAGCUCUGAUGUGGACUCAGUCACUUGAAGUUCUGAAGAUCCAGACGUUCUGACAACCCAGACACUCUGAAGGUUCAGAUGAUCUGAUGGUGUAGAGACUCUGAAGAUCCAGAAGCUGAAAAGUGGAGACUCUGAAGUCCAGAAGCAAGAUGGCUCUGAAAGACCAAGUACUUCGCUCUGAGUUCAGAAUCAGAAGAUACAAUGGUCAGAGGAUCCAUGCUUCCCUCUGACUCUGAUCAACGAGCUUCACAAGUUCCAACACGAAGCAUUACUCUGAUCAGAAGUCUACUAGGUUUAAGGUCAAGUCACUAUCCAAAGUACAAAAGCAAAUGUACUAUCCUGACGACCUACCUAACAUUCUCAGCCACAGCAGAAGCUGGAAUUUCCAGAACUGCCCUCCAACGGUAGCAUUCCCAUGCAGCGUUCAAACCCUAAUCCUUGGAGUAUAAAUAGAGGCUGAAGAUUUAAAGAUGCGGUUGGAAGAAUCUCACACGCGCAAGCUAUAUUCAAACCUUCUAAGCAAUUCUUUCAUCUCUGAAUUCAUUGUGUUUACUACAAGCUUUUUAGAAGCAAUCUCUUUGUAAACGUUUCUUAAUUAAACAGUUGUUUAGUUUACCUUUAGGAGAUCAAGGUUGAUCGGAUCCUAGAGAAGACUAAGAGAGUGAAUCUUAGUGUGAGCUAAGUCAGUGUAUUGUUAGUCACUUGUAGGUUUCAAGUGCAGUUGUAACAUUUACCUGAUUAGUGGAUUGCCUUCAUUCUAAGAAGGAAGAAAUCA